CUAACAGCAAGCAUUCCCUAGGUACCUGCCCUGCUACUGGCUGCCCGGCGACCAGAAUCGGGCCGCCGCCCCUCCACCGCCCAACUGAAGGAAAUUCCAAUCCAAUCUUUUUCCCCUCAGGCGAUUUCCAGGUCCUCCGGUUCCCUUUGUUGCGAUCGGAGCCGAGCCGAGUUAUCGUGUAUGUAAAGGCUCCGUACUACCUUACCUACCUACCUUACCUUGCUUCGGCAUUUUACUAUUCCUAUCUUAACGUACCUACCUCCCUCUAUCUGCACAUUGGAUACAUUACCGACCUACCUCUACACAUACAUACCGCCCACUAGAGGUAUUGUACAGCUUGAGUCCCGACUAAGUUCAGUUCUGCCACCCGACCCCGACCCCAACUGCCUCGUCUCCGCCUGUUAGUGGCCGGCCUCGGCUGUCAUCUCGAUUCUUCAACACCACCUCCCCCCCCCUGCCAGUCACCACUCCAUCCCGACUUCUCUACUUCUUCACUUCUGUGCCUACCUUGCCCAAACCUUGCCUUGGACAUAAUCAAUUGCUUCCAAUUCGUCACCGCCGCCAUUGCCCAAAGCAACAUCAACGGACAUCCGGCACAAAGGCAUCAAGUACGGUACCUACCUACCUCUUUGACCCGCCAGCCACCUAGCCCGGGCUCUUUCCUGGCCUCGCCCUCUCUUCCAGCCGGACUUACGCACCGACGACGGGCUGACAACGGCCUGAUACCGGACGACCCCGCCUCGGGCAUCCUCGUCUGAUCCCCGAAUCGCACCGCCGAUUAGAGUCAUACCUGGGCUGAACAGCAUUCAUAAAUCACAAUCUGCGCCCCUUCCAAGGCUCGCUGCAGCACUCCAACGCCAUGUCCGCUACCAACGGUGCGGCCGCCGACUAUCGUAGUCACAGUCAUAUACGAUCGGGCAGUCUCAAUAUCAACCCAAACCCCGCCGGGCCUGGUGCUGCCCCGACCAUGAUUGCGUCUCCCAUGCCUGGCGGCCAACUGCCAGCAACACACCGAUUUGAUCAUUCACGUAGUCCGCCUAACACAUCACAUGUUCCGUGCAAGUUCUUCCGCCAGGGCGCUUGCCAGGCCGGCUCCGCGUGUCCCUUCAGCCACGACCUCAGUGCCGCGGCCGAGACGGUGUGCAAAUAUUUUGCCAAGGGUAACUGCAAAUUCGGUCCCAAGUGUGCCAACAUCCACGUGUUGCCCGACGGCCGCCGUGUCAACUAUGGCAAAGGCGGUGUUACGAUCGGGGCCCCACCCGUCGCUUUGGGUGCCCGCGUGAACCCAACCACUUACCAUCAACCAUCCAACAGCGCCCUUACCAACUCGUUCCUCCGCGCCGACGCCGUUCCCCCGUACUCCGCCUCCGCUUAUGGCCAUCACGAUGAACAAUACGUCCCCCAGCCUGGCCAGAACGGCGGAGGCAAUGGAAUCCCGACCAUCGAUACCACUUAUACCUCCAACCCCACUACCGCAUUUGGCUCUCCCCGGGAUGAGGAUCUUGCCGCCCGCUUCGGUCUUGGCGUUUCUCCGGUCCCCAAGGGCCUGUCGGUCCUAGACGCACCCCUCCCCGCGUCCUUCGACAGCAAUGGCAUCUCCCACGCCGCCCGCUACGGCCCCUGGCCCUCCUCGGUUCCCGAAAAGUUCGGUCUGGAGUCCAGCUCCCUCGGCAUGAGCGUGACCCAGGACGUCAACACCUCGCACACCCUCCGUGCGCUACGUAAUUCCGCUUUCGGUGGAAAUGACAACAUCUCCCAGUCCCUCUUCAGCGGCGAUGGAUUCGCCAAUAGCCCGCCCACUCACUCCUCGGCGGCCUUUUAUGGUUCCAGCCUCGGCGGUGAAGACUUUGGUUUUGGCAGAAGGCCGAUGCACAGCAGCUCGACCCGGUUUGCGAAGCCCAGGCUGAUGAGCCAGAGCGUCCCCCAUGACCGGGAUUGGGACUCUGACUUGAUCUUUGACAACGAGGAGGAUUACGUGCCGGCAGAGUUGGCGAAUGAGUUGUUGACCCCGGCCGAACGCGCGAGGAGGGGAUCUAGCACCGCUACCGUUCGUGGCUUCGACGCCCCGUUGGACUCCACCGGGCUCGACGCGACCAAGUUCGGUAGCCCGAUUUCUCAAAGCCCGAGCAGAUGGGGACAGCUUUUCCAGCGCCAAAAAGAGGAAGAGGAGAGGGAAAAGCUGGAGUCCAACGGAGGUAGCGGCAGUCUCAGCUUUAUGCCCAUCGCUGGCCGCAGUAUCAAGCACCCGCCCUCGGCUUUUGGACACGUUGGCAGCCCGCUGCGUAACUCGAGCCUAGCCAGCGCCUUCGUAUCUGAGGACUCCAACCGCCAAGGAAGCCUGACCGGCGAGUCGUUGUCUGCGCUCACUCAGCAAUUCCAGCGUAGCAAAAUCGGCGAGGACGUAUCCGUCAUCUCCUCUAGUCCUCGCGGUCUUCACCCCAACUUGGGCCGCAAUGGAGCCUCCGGAGCCGGUGUCAUUGGAAAGGAAAGGGGAGACAGCUUGCAGAGGCACAUUAGCUCCAACUCUAUGAGCUCGACAAGCGGGAGGUUUACCACACCCAUCAUCAAUGAGGAUAAUGAGGAAGGCGAGGAGGAGGAACAGAGCGAGUUUGUCUUCACCAUGGAGGAGGAGGAGGACACCACCCAUGCGGGGGAGAACCAGAAGCGUAACGGUAGCCCGCUGGGAAACGGAGGUCCGUUGGGUAACGGCGGGUCAUCUUCGUCGCCUUGGGGAAGUUAUGCGGGCGCUAGUGGGAACGGAUUGGCGGCCGGUGGUGCGAACGGCGAUGACUCGAAGGGUCAGAACGGCCAGAACGGUGUCAGCAAGGUGGGUGCCAUUGGGGCUGUUGGUGGGAAAUGAUCGACCGCCUUGUCUCGAUGGGCAAUCCGCUGCUCGAUACGGGAACUCGAAUUUUCAACACUGCAGCGAUCUCAGCCAUCUCACACGAUUCAACAUCGAACUUUCACCAUCUUUAUAUGCAUAGACGCGCGGUCCUUUGGAUAUGACACAUAACCUGGCAGCUUUUUUUUUUUUUUUUUCUUUUGUUUUCUUUCAUGGAACUGAGCAAAACAAAAGCGCAUGGGAGGCGAAGAGAAAACUGGAUGGGAAGCAACAAGCAUACUUUGGCCAUAGGAAAACAACUUAGCGGAGGGGGGAUGGCGUGCAAAACAAAAACAUUUGAAGGAUCUAAUCACGAAAGGGGAAGAUCAAAAGCGCUUGAAUUCAUGCUUGGUCUUCAACUGUUGUAAUUGUUUUCCACUUCCUUGCUCUCGGAGUCAAGGUAGUUGCAUGACAUGUAUGUCAGCGAGGGGUGGUAGUGUAGGAUUAAUGGUGUAUAGAGUAGCUGGUGGAUUCCACUUUUCUUGCUUUAAGUAGUACUUUGGCUGUAUACACAGAGCAGCGACAGUAUUGUUAUCUUGAAUGAUAUCGUUUGUAGAUCAUCAACUUUGUUGUUACCUCACUGAGCCCCUCGCUCGGCGUCUUGUACGCACACACUAUAAAGGCAGGUUAACCG